AUGCUCAUCCCCCCCGACCGCCCGUCCCCGUCCCUUUUUCAGCCCACCCAGGCCAACCCGGCCCAGGCAAAGGCAAAGAUGCAGCAGCGCCCCACAUGCACCAAAGUGCGCAUACGGUCCACCCGCGACGCCCACAAGAUCUUCUAUGCUGUACAGCUCAACAUCCUCCCCAUGAUCACCAGGCGUCUCGACGCCGACGAGCGUCUUGCCCUCUGCUCAGGCUGCGUCUACGCCUGGGAGGAACGAGGUCCCCACACUGAAAUCACGGGCCUCGGAAUCGAACGGUUCACCGAAGGGCGCCGCUGGAGCCCCUCGCGCGUUCGCGACGAGUUUCUGUUUUACUAUGAAAAGUACACGCCACCUUCCGACGCGGCGCACUCUGGCUAUCCAGAUAAGCAACCUCCUCGGGACUGGGACCCUCUCGUCAAGCAGACUUAUUCCGUCUGGGUGAACACCGAGAAGGGUCGUCGUAAAUGGCACCUGACCGCCUAUUUCACGCAGGCGACCGUGGAUCAGUUAGGCACUAUCGACGACCUUCCGGAGGUGGCUAACCUUCAGGUUCCGGACGGCACCUUUCAGAGCACGCGUGUCAGCAAGACGACGCGCAAGGGCGACGACCCACGCUCUCGAAGCAGCGAUGUCCUCAAGUCCUCAUCCUCGGCCGUCACCCGCACAUACGCACCCUUUUCGGCAUCAUACCCCACGCCUCUCCCUUCUCACGGAAACCCUUCUCCGUCUCCAUGUCCUCCGCCUUCAAACCCGUACCGAGCUGGGCCGUACGCACCUCAACAUGGCGAAUUUCCUCCUGCGGUAAACGCCGUCUCCCCCUAUUCCGUUCCGCCUCUACACCAGCUCGAGAACCAUCACCCCCUGGGGCACAUGCGGCCCUCGUACGAUGAAGCGGAUUUCAAACGUCGUCCGUCGAUGGCAUCGAUCACAAGUUCCGACUAUCGUCGUCCGUACGACUAUCCAUUCCCACCAGACAACUACAACCGUCCUUCUUCGGCAACAUCCAGUAGAAUGUCUGACGACAUGCCACAACGUUACGACAAUUAUCAACCCUCCGCACGGACUGUCCUUCCUGCUUUUAACGAUACCCCUAGCCAUUACAGCUACCCACAACAUGAUACCCUACGUCACGAACCAAACUCGCCCCGCUUGUCUACAGGAAACUCGUCUCACUCCUCCCCCGGUCCUACAUCUCAUCUUCGUCCACUGUCGAAUUACGAGGCUGUGCCUUACGACGUCCACGCGCGCUCCAGCUCGACCAGCCCCUAUGCGUUUCCACCUGUAGCCUCCUCGCCCGGACGACCUGGCCAGAUCUCGCUGCCUCCGCCGGCUCAGCUUCUCCUUCCCAACGGAUCGCUGUCCUUAGGCGAGGCGCAGUCAUCCAUGCGCAACGUAUCAGAUUCGAGCGGGCCUGGGCCCUGUCGUGUCGAACUCGCUCCACUGCGCCCUCUCCAACGCGAUCACCCGUACAGGCGGCACCCCGCGGACGACAAGGCCCUGCGCAUGCUCGGACCUCGGACCACCUGAAUCUUUGGAGGCGUUCGUAAUGCUUAACGCGUAUAGCGCGCUGACCGGGCGUCGCGCCUCCGCUUUCUCUCUUGCCUUAUCCAAGCGGUCAGCGCUGUCGAGAAGACUUGGAUAUGGCUCUGGCUAUAACUGGCUAGAUGCGGCUACUUUGGAUUUGCGGUCGUCCCCACGACAGACGAUCUGCUGCGUUGGUGGUGGGCGGGUGAGUGACUUGACACGGACGCUUGUAAAAUUUCUUUUCGACCUCCACCGCUCUAUACGCCGGGUUGCUGUAUGAGCACUGAUCAUUAAACCGUUCUCUGUCUGACGUUCGGAUCUCCUUUUUCCUGCUGCGCUCGCGGAUACACUUUCCCUGCCUCGAAUCGAUCAUUUGUUAUACAGUUUCGGCCUCUGAAGGAUUGGAUUUUAGAUCAAUUUGUUUCUUCUGACUUCAUUUUCGACGCUUUGCUUGCAUUUGCCACUUUGCCAUUUAUACACUGAAUACAUACACGGGCGUAGAGACUGUUCCAUAUGUAACACCAAGUACUAGCUACGACUACCAUACCACUUUUUGCAUGUUCCUGUUUCGUCGUAUCUUUGGAAUCCAUAGUUAAGUUGAUUGUUGUCUGGCUUCAAUGUCCCGAUGCCUCUAUGUGAAGUUGGUCGACC